AAUGUCGCAGAUUCAAUUUUUAAUAAGAUAAUCAAGGCAAGCAUCACUAAUUGGAGAAAAGUUAUAUCUCAUAAUGGAAGAGAGCCAAAAGCAGUGUGUGUUGUGUUAACCAGCUCAGAAGAGGAUAAAAAAGCUCUCUUGAUAGAAAUUCAGAAUCUGGAAGAUGAGAAGAAUCUCAAACUCAGAGGAUUCAAACAUGUCAUUGAUUUGAUCUCAAGUUCUCACAAAGCAAUAGUUUUGUACAAUUGUCUGCAUGAAUUUACAAUCAUUCAUCAGAGGUUUCUCAGCCCAUUGUCGGCUACCUUGUCAGAAUUCAUGUGCCCGUUAAGGUUGUUAUUCUCCAAUGUGAUUGAUCUCAAUCAUUUGUUCAAGGGGUUUGGGCCAUUGAGAAAAGUAAAGAAUAUCCUAAGCGCCCUCAGUAAUUUACAAAGACAAUAUUAUGUACUAAUAGAACUUGAAGUUCCUAUGCGAGCUGAAGAUGGGAACCAGUCUGUAAGCAGUCCUAAACCUGAUGAUGAUGAUGAUGAGACUGGCUUGCAGAUUGAUACUACCAAGAGAGUAAGCACAGAUAAUAUAUUUUUCUUAUGGGGAUUUGGUGGUGUUAUUUCUGCAAUGGAGCUUAAAAAUCAUCUUUUGUUAAUCCAUCCAGUGUUUUUAACAGAUUUUGGUGUUCUACUUACUGAUAAAUCCUGCGUUGAUGUUGUUUUUGGGAGGAUGGGUGCAGCUCGGACAUAA